AGAACAAUGCAAAAUUUCCCUCUCUUCUCCCUCGUCACAAAUCACAGAAAUUGGUUUUGUGAGAGAGAGAGAGCUUCAAAAGAGGAAAAAGCUGUCCCACUCCCACCACUAUUUUGCAUAGUUUAGUUACAAUCAUACAAAGACCAAGCCAAACCCCUUUUCCCCUCCUCUAGCCCUCCCCCUCCCCCCUCCUUUUUUUUUGUUUUUUUAUACCCUCUUCACUCUCUGUCUGCUAAAGAUUACAAAACCUGCUUGUUUGGGACAAGCAAGAGGAGGGGAGGAGCAAGAGGGGGAAUUUGCUGCAAGUUGGAAGAAAUCAAUGGAUGAAGAAGAAGUCUAGAAGAGCCAUUUGUGGUGUAAAAACACUGGGAAGAGGAAAAGAGCCUCAACCCAGAUAAUAAAACUUAGAGAGAGAAAGGGGGGGGGGUGUGUAGAGUGAAGUAAUAAGAGAAAAGAAAGCAAAGAAAAGGGAGAGAGAAGAAGGGCAUUGUGUGGGUGAGACAGAGAGACAGAAAUGGUGGGCUCAGGAUCAUCAGACAGGAGCAAAGAAGCUGUUGGGAUGAUGGCCCUUCAUGAGGCCCUCAGAAGCGUCUGUCUCAGCUCAGACUGGACUUACUCUGUCUUCUGGACCAUCCGCCCUCGUCCACGGGUCAGAGGAGGCAAUGGAUGCAAAGUUGGGGACGACAAUGGCAGUUUGAUGUUGAUGUGGGAAGAUGGGUUUUGCCGAGGGAGGGUUUCAGAGUGCUUGGAGGAGAUUGAUGGCGAUGACCCUGUUAGGAAAGCCUUCAGCAAGAUGUCAAUUCAGUUAUAUAAUUAUGGAGAAGGGCUGAUGGGGAAAGUUGCAUCAGAUAAGUGCCAUAAAUGGGUUUUCAAAGAGCCUACAGAAUGCGAGCCAAAUAUUUCAAACUACUGGCAGAGUUCAUUUGAUGCUCUUCCUCCUGAGUGGACUGAUCAGUUUGAGUCAGGAAUUCAGACUAUUGCUGUUAUUCAAGCUGGCCAUGGCCUCCUUCAACUUGGUUCCUGCAAGAUUAUACCAGAAGAUCUGCAUUUUGUGCUGAGAAUGAGGCAUACUUUUGAAUCUCUUGGGUACCAAUCUGGUUUUUAUUUGACUCAGCUCUUUUCUUCAAAUAGAAACACUUCUUCUUCCCCAAUGGCUUCAAAGCAAUCUGCCAUUCCCAUUCAUCCUCCCAACCUCCUUAAUUGGGCACAAAGGCCAAUUCCAUCUGCUCCAUCUUCUCUGCUUCCCUCUCCCAGUUUCCACACCUCCAACAGGCUCGGUUUCCCGCAGUCGAAAGAUGAGACGCACAUGUUCCUAUUGCCGCAUUCAUCCGAGGCUCGAAUGGAAGACGUGAUGGGAGACCACGACAACGAUAUCAAAUGGCCUAAUGGGCUGUCUUUGUUCAAUGCCCUGACAGGACGAGCCGAUGACGCAAAGCUUUUGUUCAAUCCCGAGAGCUUAGGGACCAAACCCGAUCAAACUCACCUCCCUUUGAUCCUCGAACCAAAGAACGGGAAUCCAAACUCCGACGGUGCAGCUAUGCACAACACGAACGAGUUCUUGAGCCUCGACAGCCAACCUGAGAGCAGUAGGAAAAUGGAAAACAAGUUCAAGAGAAGCUUUACUCUGCCUGCAAGAAUGGCUUCAUCGUCAUCUUCGACUUCACUCGACCACCAUCCGCACCAAUCGGUCGAGUAUCGGAACUCGGACCAGGCGGGUAUGUACCCGGAUGUAAUGGAGACAUACUUGGAAUGAAGAUGGAAAACAAAGGAGGGCUGCUAGUUCAGUAGAAACGUAGAGUUACUAUUAAGUUGUACUUAGGAACAACUUUCUGGUUUCCUUUAUCUGCUGCUGCUUUUUCUGUCCAGUGUUUCUGCUAUUGCCUUUAAAUUUCAGUUAGUUUCUUCUUGGACUUGGAAUGUUCUUUUUCUUUGAA